UUGAUUGGCGGGACUUUUCGGAAGCGGAGGCGCGGGUGGUGGCGCGGCUCGCGGACUGCUCCGUAGACGGCCGCAGUGGCGCAGAGGCUCGAAGGGCGACCUGUGGCGGCGGAGAGUGAUUUGCGGGCUUGUAUCUCAGGGGCGGAGGCUGCGGGCUAGACUGGCGUCUUCCCGAGGUCAGGAAGUCGCAGACCUUUCCACCAGACCCGCCGGCUCACACCCUCACCAGCUUCCUUGGCGUCGGACGUCUCCGCCCAGCCCAGACCGGUCGCCGCCCCCAGACUUUGGGGACCUGGGGCACUGCGGCCUCCUCCUGGGUGCUUCAUCCAGAAUGACCUCAGUAUUUAGAUCAGAGACCAUGGAAGUGCUAGAAGAAGAACCGGUGACAUCUAAGACUCAUGAUCAUCAACUGGAAUCGGAUACCAUCCCUGUGGAAGUGUGUAAUAAAUCACCUGCCUCCCUGGAGAUAACUCAAGGCGUUUCAAAGGAAAGAAUUUACCUUGGCUCUAGCCCUAAAGUGGGAGGAAGUUGUGAUCUCAGCCACCAGGAAGGACUUCAGUCCAGGUCCCUUCAUUUGUCCCCUCAAGAACAAUCUCCCAAUCAUCAAGAUAAGAGUCAAUCUUGGAGGCGAGCAAGUAUGAAGGAAAUGAACCGGCGGAAGUCACUGCCUCCCUUUCAUCAGGGCAUCACAGAGCUCAGCAGAUCUAUCAGUGCCAACUUAGCAGAAAGCAAACGGCUUGGCGCCCUCCUGCUUUCCAGUUUCCAGUUCUCAGUUCAGAAACUUGAACCUUUCCUAAAGGACACUGAGGGCUUCAGUCUUGAAAGUUUUAGAGCCAAAGCAUCUUCCCUUUCUGAGGAAUUGAAACAUUUUGCAGAGAGCCUGGAAAGUAAUGGAACUUUACAGAAAUGUUUUGAAGAUUCAAAAGGAAAAGCAUCAGAUUUGUCUCUAGAAACAUCAGUGGCUGAGAUGAAGGAAUACAUAACAAAAUUUUCUUUAGAACGUCAGUCUUGGGAUCAGCUCUUGCAACGAUACCAGAAGGAGGCUGAAGACAUCAUUUCCAGAGAAUCAGUUGAAACCAAAGUUACCGAAGUUGAAGUGGAACCUGCAACAUAUCUUGGGUCUUCCCAGAGUGAAGUCCUUCACACAAAGCCUGACUACCAGAAGAUAUUGCAGAACCAGAACAAAAUCUUUGAUUAUAUGGAGUUGAUGAUGGAUGAACUACAGGGAUCAGUGAAACAGCUGCAGGCUUUUAUGGCUGAAAGUACCCAGUGUCUCCAGAAGGUGUCAGUACAGCUUGGGAAGAGAAGCACACAGCAGUUAGAUCCGUCACCAGCUCGAAAACUGCUCAAGCUUCAACUGCGGAACCCACCAUUGCUCUAGAUCUUGUCAGUGACUUCAUGCAGCUUUCCUGCCAUAAGGUGCUCCAGAGGAGAGAAAUGGAAGAAUGCCCCAGCACAUGGUGAUUGCAUGGUGGUCUGAGCUGGUGAUAGCUGCCCUGUUGCCUUUGAGGAUAACUGGCUGAAUGUAGAGUACUUCAGUUUUUUUCUAAAUGUGACAGAACUUAUGCAUCUGAAAGAGUAGCAUAGAUACUUUUUCCAAGAAUGUGCAAAAUGCUUGCAACUUCUAUUGUGAAAUGACCUUGAGAACUAGUAGUCCAUUCUUUUAAAUAUCCUUCAUGGUCAGUAAUCUUCAUUUUGUGAAGGUGUUUUUUAGGUUUUGAAACAAUCCAGAGUCAUUCAGGACCAAAUCCAGGGACACAUUUUAGGGGUCAAGUUGGAUUCUGGUAGGAAAGGAAUGGGACUGAUUUUCUGGUAUGGCCCUGAAGGUGAUUUCAGGUAGUGAAGUUUUGAACAUUGUUUGCAUCACAUGGCUACGUGUAUCACUUCACACGAUGUCCAAAUUGAAGGAAAUACCGCUUAGUCUCUGUCCUGUUAUCUACAGUGUGCUUUAGCUUUUAAUAUUGAAUUGAUAUCCUAAAUCCUGGAUUCAUAGCACAAAGAGGCUAAGUACUAUUUUUCAUUGUUCUCUAUUUUUAAUAAUUCGCAUUAUAAAGUUGCACAUUAUUAAAAGCUUUCUUUUGUCUUUGUGUAUAUUUUGGGUGUAUAAAAACCUUUCUUAAGGGGACCCUGGGUGGCUCAGUCGGUUAAGUGUCUGACUUCAGCUCAGGUUAUGAUCUCGUGGUUCGUGAGUUCAGGCCUUGUGUUGGGCUCUGUGCUGACAGCUCAGAGCCUGGAGCUUGCUUUGGAUUCUGUGUCUCCCUCUCUCUCUUCCCCUCCCCACUCAUGCUCUCUUGCAAAAAUUAAUAAACAUUUUUAAAAAAUGGCACAAAAACAGACACUCAGAGCAAUGGAACAGAAUAGAGAACCCAGAAAUGGUCCCAGAAACAUAUGGCCAACUAAUCUUUGACAAAGCAGGAAAGACUACCCAAUGGAAUAAAGACAGUCUCUUCAGUAAAUGGUACUGGGAAAACUGGACAGCGACAUGCAGAAAAAUGAACCUAGACCUCUUUCUUACAGCAUACACAAAAGUAAAAAAAUGGAUGAAGGACCUAAAUGUUAAGACAGAAAGCCAUCGAAAUCCUAGAGGAGAAAGCAGGCAAAAACCUCUUUGACGUUGGCUGCAGCAACUUCGUACUCAACACAUCUCUGGAGUCAAGGGAAACCAAAGCAAAAAUGAAUUAUUGGCACCUCAUCAAAAUAAAAAGCUUCUGCACUGUGAAGGAAACAAUGAGCAAAACUAAAA